AUGAGUACCAAACCAUUUUCUCUGGAUGAAGUUCUCGCAGUUGCGAAAAUCCAUCCGCUCUACAACCCUAAUAUAUUAUACCCACCCGGGCCUGAGGAAAUCCAGGCUAUUGUGCAGGCACAAUCUACUACUAGUAGCACCCUUGAAUCAUGGCCCCUGACUACCAAGAAAGACCUUUACAAAGUUAUCGAGCGAUUAACCAAGGACACGAACCCCGAAAAUGAAUACCGGCGUAGCUCCUACGUCAGUGUCACCGGCGGCGGUUCCGGAGACAUGCUGUUGAUGUUCUUCACAGAUGUGAAAGAAAAUCGUCAGCAUCGCGCAGCGUUUGGCGAGUUUCUGCGCACGUGUGGAGUUGUCGAGUCGCAUGAUUGGAUUCUGACGACGCAUACCUCGGGGUAUUUGUAUAGAUCACUCGACCUCCUAACCGAGAUCCUAGAAAACGCAGGAGGAACCAUAUUGAGCGCGGGCAACCUGAUGAAACCCAGCGAAGUCGUGCGCGCACUGGCGCGAUACAACGUCAAUGUGUUGACUGGAGAUAGCAGCCAAGUCAUUCAAGUCAUUCAUCAUAUCUCGACUCUCUCAGCAGACAAGCGAAAUGGGAUUAAGUUAACAAAAGUGAUCUACACAUCCGAGCCACUUACCGACAGUCAGAAAAGAUAUAUUCAUGCCACAUUGGGUCCGGCAGUAAAGAUAUACUCCAUCCUGGGAAGCGCAGAGGCCGGGCCAUACGCGAUCCAUAAUCCAGGUCUUACUAGUACUGGGGAAGCAUCAUCAUGUCAAUAUGAUGGGUCUAUGGAUUUUGUGUUCGAUACCCGCAGCAUCCUGAUUGAGAUUUUCCCUCGUUCCGUCAUGGAAGGUGAUACGCCCUCCUCUGACUUGAAGCCCCUUCUGGAGGGUGAAGAGGGUGUUAUUGUGCAAACGUCGUUGCAGCGUCGACGGAACCCGCUGGUGCGCUAUAUCACCGGGGAUAUUGGAUCCAUCCAUCCAGUGCCGAAUAUUGCAAGGUCAAUUGUCCCGGAAUCUGAGCUGGAAUACUUCCGCGUGCUCCGACUACGGGGUCGUGACCGUCGGUUUAGCUUUAAGUGGUAUGGUGAGUAUUUUGAGUUUACGAAUAUUGAGAUGUUCAUGCAGAAGGGGGCAUUUGGGAUUCUGCAGUGGCAGAUUAUUGUAGGGACGCUUGGUUCUUCGCCACAGACAACAAUGGAGAUUAGGAUGCUUCGUGCUGCGGCGAGUACGAGUAACGAUAUGAUCUCUCUUGAGCAGUUUGUCUAUGAAGUGGAGACGUUCUUCUUUGUUUUACCGGAUAAUCGGCAUUUGUUUAAAUUGACCUUUGUUGAAGAUAUAGGUGGGUUCGAGAAGAGCGGUACGGGGAAUAAAGUCAUGAAGUUUGUGGAUGUAAGACGCUAG